GGAGUGGAACCCAAGGAGGGGCUGCGGGAAGGCAGGAGGAGGAAGAGCAGAGAGCCGGGCGGCGGCUGCUGUAGGUGGUGGCUGUAGGUUGUUCGGCGGCAGCAGAAGCUUUCUUCCGGGCGGACGAUGGACAGCCAGGGCAGGAAGGUGGUGGUGUGCGACAACGGCACCGGGUUUGUGAAGUGUGGAUAUGCAGGCUCCAACUUUCCUGAACACAUCUUCCCAGCUUUGGUUGGAAGACCUAUUAUCAGAUCGACCACCAAAGUGGGAAACAUUGAAAUCAAGGCCUUAUUUUUUGAACAUAUGAGCAAAAGAAACAGAUGAAACCUCAUACAAAACCCUCCAAAAUAUGAAAAUGUGGGGUUUAUUUGUGCUAAUGCCCUUCUUUUGGAAACAUAUGUAUUAAAGGAUCUUAUGGUUGGUGAUGAGGCAAGUGAAUUACGCUCAAUGUUGGAAGUUAACUACCCUAUGGAAAAUGGCAUAGUACGAAAUUGGGAUGACAUGAAACACCUGUGGGACUAUACAUUUGGACCUGAGAAACUUAACAUAGAUACCAGAAAUUGUAAAAUCUUACUCACAGAACCCCCUAUGAACCCAACCAAAAACAGAGAGAAGAUUGUAGAGGUAAUGUUUGAAACUUACCAGUUUUCUGGUGUGUAUGUAGCCAUCCAGGCAGUUCUGACUUUAUAUGCUCAAGGUUUAUUGACUGGAGUAGUGGUAGACUCUGGGGAUGGUGUAACUCACAUUUGCCCAGUUUAUGAAGGCUUUUCUCUCCCUCACCUCACCAGAAGACUGGAUAUUGCUGGGAGAGAUAUCACCAGAUAUCUUAUUAAGCUUCUUCUGUUGCGAGGGUACGCCUUCAACCAUUCUGCAGAUUUUGAAACGGUUCGAAUGAUUAAAGAAAAAUUGUGUUAUGUGGGGUAUAAUAUUGAGCAAGAGCAGAAACUGGCCUUAGAAACCACAGUAUUAGUUGAAUCUUACACACUCCCAGAUGGCCGUAUUAUCAAAGUUGGGGGAGAGAGAUUUGAAGCACCAGAAGCUUUAUUUCAGCCUCACUUGAUCAAUGUUGAGGGAGUGGGUGUUGCUGAAUUGCUUUUUAACACAAUCCAGGCAGCUGACAUCGAUACCAGAUCUGAAUUCUAUAAGCACAUUGUGCUUUCUGGAGGGUCUACUAUGUACCCUGGGCUGCCGUCACGGUUGGAACGAGAACUAAAACAGCUUUACUUAGAACGAGUUUUAAAGGGAGAUGUGGAAAAACUUUCUAAAUUUAAGAUCCGCAUUGAAGACCCGCCACGCAGAAAGCACAUGGUGUUCCUGGGUGGUGCAGUCCUAGCAGAUAUCAUGAAAGACAAAGACAACUUCUGGAUGACCCGGCAGGAAUACCAGGAGAAGGGUGUCCGUGUGCUGGAGAAACUUGGUGUGACUGUUCGAUAAACUCCAAUGUGUUCCCAUCACACCCCUAAUGCUUUUCUUUUUUCCUUUAUUGCCUAUCUUUGAACUCAUUAAACUUCAGGACAUGGAAGAGGGCUCUCUUUGCCCUUUGACUGAAAAGGUCAGGUUUUAUUCUGGGGUCUUGGGAAGCUUUGUUAAAUUUUUGUUAAUGUGGAUAAAUCUGACUUUAAUUCAAACACUUCCUUACAAACACAAGGAGAGGGCAAAAGGUCCUGUUUGCUGCUUUGUUUCUUCUAAGUAGGCAUUUAGAUCAUUCCUGUAGGCUUCCUAUUUUCACUUGACUGCUCUAAUGCUGCUAGUUUUAGCACACUAGGUGGUAUGCCUUUAUUAGCAUAAGAAAACAACUUUACGGGAGCUCUUACAUGUUAUUGGGGUGGGGGUGGUAGGGAUGGGUGGGCAGCUGCUGAACCCUUUAGGGCAUUUCCUCUAUAGUGUGGCGCUUUCAACAGUUAGUGGUACAGAUUUAAGUACCUUAAAGCUCUGGUAUUAACGUUUUAGGGAAACAUUAGACUCAGAACUAAAGUGUUUUGGGUGGGUUUUUGUGUAGGGGUGAGGGGAGGUGGUCUCUUAAUUUUGAUAUUUUUAUUUUUGAGCUUUUCUGCUCUGGGAUACACAAAAGAUGAACUUUAUUUAGAGUACUUUGAUUUGACAGAUUUUCUUCUACUUUUUGUCUGCCUGGAACUGUUUUAUAAAAAAACAAGUAUAGUAUCCCAUUACCAUGUGGCUAGGGAUUUGGUUUUUUAAAAUCAACCAUGUUAUUUGUGACUAGACUCCCUAAAAUCUAUCAGUGGAAAAGUAACAUUUAAAAAAUGCUAUUGGACAUUCAAAUUCAGAUUUUAAAAAGUGCUUAAGAUCUGGUACUUUCUAAGCGCUUCUGUUUAUACUGGAAGCAUUAAGGUAACCAGUGUGAAGUACCAUUCUUGCAAUUAUUCUUUUAGAUCUGAAACAUAAAUAAUUACUGGCAGUAGGUUAUAAUUGUUAGGUUAAAAAUAACAUUGAAACAUGGGACUUGUUGCCAGUUGGGUCAUUUUCAUUAGUUUUUGUUUGUUUUGAUUUGAAACCUGGGUAGUAAUUGACUAUUUAAAAUGUUGGCCAAAAAUAUCAAGAUUAAAAUUUGUAUCUGUAUUGAAAAAUUAAUCAUAAUGACUAAUUUGCAGCCAUCUUAAGCUUGAAAGAAGAGAUAUUGGUAAUUUGUAAAUGUUAGCAGACUUUCCUGCCUAUUUCAGAAAAUUGUAUUUAUGAAUUCUGUCAGAAUAGCUUGGUAUCUGAAAAAAUACUCAGGCCUGAAUUCUUUCUAAAUUUGAAAAAUAAAGUAAUAAGAAAUUGUAUCAUGUUAAGUAUAAAAUGCAGAUUCUGAAACAAAAAUGUUUUUUUGUUGUUUGGUUGUUGUUUUUUUAUUUCAAAGUCUUUACUAAUAAUGAAAGAAGAAAGCUUUGCUUUGAAAGGAGAAGCUUAUUUUUCUGGGUAACUGAAAUUGGAGAAAUGAUUGGCUUUAAGUCUCUUUUGUGAGAAAACUUAAAAAUCAAUUUAUAUGAAAUAAGCAGCAAAAGGAGGUUAUUUUUCAUUACAUAGCUUCUGUUAAUAAGUAUUUUUUUCUCUGUUUUACCUCAAUUUGAAUACAUAAAAGAACUUUGCCUGCAUGCUGGACAUGCUUAGUACAUGUGAAUAGCCUAUGAAUAACAUCUAGAUUUUAGGGACCUGGAUGUCAGAGUACUUUGGGAUUCUAAAGUGUUCCUAAAUCAUGUUCUUAUAAAUCCCCCCAGCCUUUUGAGUACUGGAUUUUGUAAAGGACACAAAUGUAGGACCAUUACCUACUACUGUUUAUUUCAGGUAAAUGGAUCGACUCUUGGCCAUCGGUCAUGACUUUAUAAUAUGGGGGUAGAAGACAACCAAGAGUGGGCUGGGCUCUUAAAUAAAACAGUGAAAGAGCAUUUGUCAUCUGUCCUUUGAACGUAGAAUUUGGUUCUAAUUUCAUAUUCCGCUUGCAAACAUGACAUUAAAAUUGUGUAUUAAUAUAUAUUAUAUAAUUUUUAAAUUCCAUUUUAUAAUUUUCCUAUGCCAAGGUGAAAUAAUGUAUUUAGUAAUUUUGGGGAUAGGGAAGUAUUGUGUUUAAUUGGAGUUGUCUAGUAUGAGUUUCUCUAAUUAAAAUUUAUUCUGUUUUAAAAGAGAUCUGAUUUUUAGCUCUUAAACCAUUGUCAUUUAAAUUUCCAAAAAUGAUUAAAAUUCUUUUCUUUUAAAAUUAGAGUUGUCAAUACCUUGACCUUUGAGAAGGUUUCUUAGAAAUAGGUCCUAUGGUUAAACUUUUUUCUUUAAAAUGUGGUAUUGGAUGUUAACUUUUACACAGUUCUGAGCACUGUUAACAAUAUCAGUAAAGUAUUUUGAGAGAUCAGUGGAAAGUUAAACAUUCUGAAUUUAACAUGAAAACACUCCUUUAUGAUU